CCCCGGUACAGGAAUCAUUCAUGGCAACUGAUAGUGCGAGGAUAUCAAUUGCCAGAGAUUCAUGAUAGCCAGUGCACUAACAAUGUGUUGUGGCAGCGGGAAAUACGAAGAAAGUUCUUUGUAAUAAAGUUUAACAAAUACAGUUUAUGGCAUUGAUUGUGAAUGUUUGAAUUGUUCUUAAGCCGUAUAUAUUCGUAUUUUAAAAAAUUUGCAUCAACAAGACAAGUGAAAACAUGUGUACAAGAGCAGUUAUAAUAAAUAUCCGGAAAACAUUUGAAAUUCCAUUGCUGCACUGGCUAACGGCUCGUGACAAAAAAGGUAUCAAAUGUGAAUGCUCAGUGAAUCUACAGCCCGGAGUGUCGGCGGUCCGUUUUGUACACACUCGUGCCCGAGCGGUGAACCUGAGGAAUCUAAAUUCGGUUGGCAGAGUGACGAAAAUGUUCCACAGAAUAUACGACGUAAUUGCAGUUCUACUAUGUAUUCUGUCAAUAGUUCAAAGCCGAUCCAUUGGGAACUCUGAGUAUUGGUACAAUCCGUGCCAUCACAACAGCAACAACCAAAUUCCGUCAUUCAAUGGCUACCCCAUCACAAAAGGUGACAUGACAAGGAUGAAGGAACAGCUUAAUACAUCACUUGGAUCAGUAGAGGAAUCAGUAAAAAAUUUCACACAAACCAUAUUUGGGGCUUCAAUCAAGGAUUUUCUCAACAACUGGCAUAACACUGGUAUCACACACGUUCAGUGGCUUCAUUCGGAUCUCGGCGAACCCAAGAAAUACUCAAAUGAUUCAUUCAGCCAACUACUGAAAGAGCUUUCGAUGAAGGAACUCGUGGAAGUGCAUAAAGCGUUCUAUCAGUUAAUGAAGGAAUCAUUUCGCCGAUAUAUUCGAAUUGCGAAAGCUAUAGAACGCAUGAAAGAAGACAUGCAAGACCCGAAAUAUGCUAUACGAUAUGAGAGGAGUCGACUGGAGCUGCUGAACCUCAUUCGUGAGGAGGUUAGAAAAAACCUCAAACAAGUUCUUUGUGAAAUCUAUGAAUGUGUACUUAAAAUUGACCAAAAUUUCGUACAGCAAGUUCUGGACGAGGACGAGAGAAUAGAUAUAAAAUAUGAUUACACAGACGAAACUAGCCGGCAUUUACGUGACGGUUUCAUCUAUGGCGAUCUUGUAGUAACGUUGGAUCAUAUUUUACAGUUUAUGAGAAUUUACGAAAAAAUGGCAGUUUGAAUAAAGCCACGGAUAUGGUUUAGAGGUAGCGAAAUGUUAUCUAUUCUAACUGUAACCUUUUUGCUGCCACUUACUGGACAAAUCUAGAGUUUGAAGGCACUUUUGCAACCACGCUUAAAGCAAUUUUGUGAUUAUUUCCAGUUUUAAAAACUCUUUUUUUAUGUUUUAAUCCUUAGACCAAAUAUACAAAUUACUCAUUGUAGUAUUUUUGUACAUAACUUAUUCAAACGUAGUAUUAAAUCAAAAGCUUCAAAAGCCAUUAAAAGAUAGCAUUUAGUAACUAAUUUAUAUUUAAGCCCCGGAAGAU